AUCGACCGCAAGAGGCGUGCAAGCAGCGCGAGCCAUGUCGAAGUACGAGAUUCGACAUUCACGGCGAGAACUGUGAGUCUGUACCGGUCUCUUUUCGUCCUGCAACUUCUACGCUCACGGACACACGUGGUUUAUGACUUACCUCCUGUUACUCUUAAAAUAACAAGUUUGUGAAAUGGCCACAAUUAAACAAGAAGUUAUGGACGAAGUUGCCACAACUGAGCCUAAAGAGAAUAUCGAAACUGAAGCAAUGGAAGCUGUUGUAAAAGUCGAGGCAGUUGUGAAAACCGAGCCUAACGAGGAAAAAACACAGAUGGAUACUUCAGAUGGUCCUAAUAAUGAAAAAGCUGAAGCAGAUGCUGCCAAUGGAAAGCUAACUACAGGCACAAAUGUUAACGGUGACCUUGAUGACAAAAUCAUUCGCCAAGUUGAAUACUAUUUUGGAGACUACAAUCUGCCAAGAGACAAGUUCUUAAAGGAAAUAAUGGGUCUUGAUGAUGGCUGGAUCCCUAUUGCUACCAUGCUUAAAUUUGCACGACUCUCCCAGCUGACUAAAAGCCCAGCAGUCAUUUUUGCCGCUUUGAAGAAAUCAAAUUCAGGAUUGAUGGAGGUAAAUGAAACUACAUCCAAGAUUCGCAGGUCCAAAGACAAACCCAUCCCUGUGGAAUCAGAAGAGUAUCUUGCUGAAGUGAAGGCCCGCACCAUCUAUUGCAAAGGGUUACCCAAGGAAGGCAUGACAAUUGACAAACUUCUAGAAUUUUUCAAGAGCUUCCCUACAGUAUUGAAUAUUAAGAUGCGUUACUACAAGACAAAAGACGACAUGGCCAAGUUCAAAGGAUCAAUCACUGUUACUUUCGCCACGAGGGACGAAGCUGCUAAGUUCAUUUCUCUUGAAUCUGUGAAGUAUAACGACUACACUCUUCAACGUCAAUGGAGUGCUGAGUGGGAGAAGGAAAAGGAACAUGAAUUCGAGGAGCGAAAGAAAAGGAAAGAGAAACGGGAAAAGAACACUGAUGAAAAUGGCAAUGGUCACAAGGGCGAUGAUAAGGAGUCGGUGAAGAACGAAAAGAUUGUUUUGUCCCGUGGAACAGUUUUGAAGCUUGUUAACCUUCCCUCCGGAAUGGAUCGCGACGUAAUAAAGCAAGCCUUUUCUACCUACCCUGCCGAUAUCGCCCACGUUGAAAUUACCCCUGAAAGCACUGCUUUCGUAAGACUUCGUGGCGAAAAUGAUGGAAAAUUGGUGCUGGACAAGCUAACUGACAAGAAAAUUAGCAUCAAAGAUUCCUCUGUUGAAGUAAGCCUUUUGGAGGGCGAAGAAGAGGAGACCUAUUUGAAGAAAGCCGAAGAAAACGUCAACAACCGAGUGAACAUGGGUGGUCGAGGAGGUUUCCGUGGUCGAGGUGGCGGACGAGGUCGUGGCCGUGGUGGAAGAGGUGGAAGAGGAGGCUACAAAGGUUAUGGCCCUGGUUCAACUUCACAAUAUGGUCAGGUACCUCAAGGUCCAGUGCCAUAUGCUGGGCCAGGUCCUGGGCCAGGAGCAGGAGCCCCUAGCCAACUAGGUUACUCUUCUUAUGCUCAGCAAGGUGUUGGUCCCAGAAUGGCCGGCCAACAAUCGACCUAUUCCAUGUACAGUGGCCAACCUCAUGUAGCCGACAGCCGAAUGUAUCCGAUGCAGCAUGCCGCUGAGCAGUAUUCAAGUGCGAUGCAUCAGAAUGCAGCAAGCAUGUCGGGGUGGCAGGGCUAUCCUUCCAUGAAUCCUCCCGCCCAGUAUUCAGCAAUGGGUCAUGGCAGCUACCGUCCUCACCAUCCGCAGCACGCCCAACAGCAACAGCAGCAUGCCCAGCCUCACUACCCACAUCAACCACCAAUGCGCCUCAGUGGUCAGCAACAGCAGUCUCAGCAACAACAAACUUACGGAGCUGGUAUCAAUGGCCCAUCGGCUGCAGCGUCCGCUGCUGCUGCCGCUGCCGCCAACGCCAAAAACAUUCCGCCGAACUACGGUACGGCAACGGCCGCUUCGAUGCACCCUCAGUACCCCCAUGCACAGGGGGCGCCCGUAGCAAUGAGUGGUGCAUAUGGCGCCGCUCCUCCUAUUAGACCUGCAAUUUAUUCUGCAGAAAAUGCAAUGGCAUCAUCCCAUCAACAGCAUCAACACCAGCAGCAACAACAGCAGCAGAUCCAUCAACAGCAGCAGCAACAACAACAACCCCAAACACAGCAGCCACAAGGCGGGUCCAAACCUUAUCCAUACUCGAUGCAAGCUCCGUACCCGAUGUCUGCACAGCAUUAUAUGCCCGAAUCGACUGCACAGCCGCACACGACCCAGCAACCGCAACAGGACGUGUCCUCCGUUUACCAACAACAGCAACAACAACAGACAGCUCCAGCUCAGCUGCAUAAUACACCGCAUUAUAGGGCUCCAUUCCCUCCUCAAAUGUCACCACAAAUGUCUCCGCGUCCGCAAGCAUCUCCGCGACCUCCGCAUACCUCUCCGAUGCCUGGAGCUGUAAGUUCGCCUCUACCUCCGUUAGGACAUCCUGCUGGUCCGACUGCACAACCAACUGUCUCCAUGUCGGCACCUUAUAUGAAUCAAACUCAGCACCCUGGUAUUGGCCAUCAUCCUCAACAGCAGCAGCAGCAACAACAGCAGCAGCAGCCACAACCACAUCAACAGCAACAUGCAGCGCCGCAACAUCAGCUACAUCAACCCCAUCUACAACACCAACAACAACACCAACAGCAGCAACAACAACAACAAAUUCCUCACAUGCAUUCAGCUGGGCCAUCAAGUCUCCAACAACUUGAACAAAUGGCAAUGGCUGGGCCUACUGGUAGUAAUAUGGCUAGCUCUCCUCCAAAACCCAUCGUUGGCAAUUCAGCAACACAGAUGACCAAUGCUGGAGCGAGCCCGAACCGGAAUGCGAUGCCAGGUUCGCCUGCUCCUCCUCGCACUCCAUUGGCACCUUCUCCUGCGCAGCCUCCUAGGCCGCCGAGUAACGUUUCUGGCUUGGUCCCCCCUUCACCUCGGUUGCUGCCCCCUCCAAGUCCUGUUGCCCAGUCAGGAGCUGUUCCCUCCGAAAAGAACCAUUUUCCAGAGUCACCAGCAAACGAUAUUUCCAGAUCUACCAAGAAUGCGAUUGAAAAACACGAGCAAACGAUGCUCGAUUCAAUGGAACCCCACCAGCAACAUGGAUCUACCAGUGUUCCUGUGACACCCCAAGCUUCAAGCCAUGGCCAACAGCAUCCAGGUUUUCAGCAACAUCCUGGUCUUCAACCACACUCGGGUAUCCAACAACAUCCAGGUAUUCAGCAGCACCCUGGAAUCCAGCAACACCCUGGCAUUCAACAGCACCCUGGAAUCCAGCAACACCCUGGUAUUCAGCAGCAUCCAGGCAUUCAACAACACCCUGGCAUUCAACAACACCCAGGACUUCAGCAGCAUCAAGGCAUUCAACAACACCCUGGGUUGCCGCAAGCAUCGCAAGCGCCACAAUCUCCUAUGGUGCAACGAUUUCCUGGUCCACAGCAUCACCAGGGACAACAAAAUCAACAGCAGCAAAUGACGCCUCAACCUGGAAUGGUUUCUCACCACCCAAGUGGGAUUUUACCCAACCAGUCAGGAAUGCCCCAACAUGCUGGAUCACAGUUGCAACCUCACCAUCAACAGCAGCAGCAGCAGCAUGCUAUACCGAGCCAUCAUUUGCCCGGUAUGGGAAUGGCUGGAACUCAGUCGGUGGCAGGUGUGGCAGGACCACAACCUCAACCUCCAAUUCCAGUGCCUCCACAAUCCCAGCAACAUCACCCUGGACAGCCGCCUUCGGCUAACCAAUCGAACCAUUCAGUUACUCCUAGCAUGCAACAACAUCAACCGAACGGUCCCCAUCAACAUCCAGGAAUGCCGUCUCAGCAACAACAGCCUUCCCAAAUCCAUUCAAUUCCAUCUCACCAGGGGGCUGGAUCUAGCGGUAUGGCUUCAAUGCACCAACGCGAAGGUGGACUACCUGGUUCGAGCAGUUUUAGUUCCUCCAGUGCAAUGGGAUACAUGCCACCUCAACACCAACAGCAGCAACAUCAACCCCAGAUCCAGCAACAUCCAUCUCAACAGUUCCACGAGACCCAGUCUGCUGGUCAUGGCGUCGCCGGUUAUCCAGGUCCAAGAAUGAAUCCUCAGGGAGAGAUGCAACAUUUGCAGCAACAACUACAACACUUGUAUACGUUGCCGUCUAAUCCACAAACCCAGCAGCAGAUCGCAGAGCUACACGAACGCAUGUCCGCGCUCCAGCGACAAGGAUGGUCUGGAGGGAUGCCAGUGCCUCAACCCUUUAUGGGUGGACCAGCUUCAACUCCUUACAUGCCUCAGACUCAAGGGCAAAACUACCCAAUGGGUCCACCGACAGGAGCCGGUGCCGGAAUGGUCAUGGGACCACCACACAUGGCCCCACCCAAUUCACAAGUUUACGAUUUCCCAGCUGGUAUGGAUGAUGAACCUGGAAUUAGUGGGAAAGGCAAGAAGAAACGAGAGACUAAAAAGAAGGUGCCUAAAGAGAAGGAGCCCAAACCGCCAAAGACUCCUAAAACUCCGAAGACACCCAAAAUCAAAGCCGCUGGACAAAGUUCUAGCUCAGCUUCUUCUGAUGGUGGUAUAAUGGAUAGCAUAGAGAGCACAAUUUUAAGUGUCAGCAUGAAUCCGGAUUCUCCUGGCGAGCAGCAAGCAGCUGUUACUUCGCCUCGCAUCUCUGCUUCUCCUUUACCAGUGGCGCCAUCGCCAAAUGUUUACCAACAGGCCCCUGCCCUUACAUCUCCGGUUAGUGCCCCUUUGGAUGAAGUAGAAGUCCCCGAAAUGGUGGCUGCGCCAGAAGAAGAAUCGAUACCUCAAGAAGAUGAGGCUCAACCUGUACUUGAGCCCAUGGCCAUCGAAGAGUCAUGUAUGGAUCUGGAGGAAACCUUAAUGGCUGCAGCUGCAUCCGCUACUGUUCCAGAUCCGAUUCCUCCUCCUUUUGUUGCACCUGAAAUUGCUGAAACUGAAACAGUGGAUGUGAAACCAGCAGUCCCGGUUAGCGAAAUUCCUCAAAUUGAACAAAUUCAAGGAGAGGCUGAAAUCCUUACUGAAACACCAAGUGGCAAAAGACCACGCACGAAAAAGCCGAAAUCAGCUGCCAAAGCUGGUAAAUCGAAAUCCAAAAAAGAGGCAGAUUCUUGGAUGGAUGGGGAAGCCUUGUCUUCAGCUGGAGCCGAUACCAAUGACGAGGUCAAACCACCAAAGCCAAAGAGGAUACGUAUUUCAAAAAAGAAAGCCAAAAAGGGAGAAAUUGGUGCAGAUCUGGACAGUGGGGCCGAUACUAGUACCGUCGACACAAGUAUUGCUAUUGGCGAUAUUCCGCCAACCAUAGAAUCAGCUAGUGCUGAUGAUUCUGCUGCAGCCUUGAGCGAUGUUGCGCCAGUAGUUAGCUCAGCAAAGAAAAAGAAACCUAAAGUGAAGUCUGCAACACCUACGAAGAAGAAACCUUCGAAGACCAAUAUUAGCUUUUCAAAAAAGAAAAAGCGCCCACUUUGUGACGAUGAAGACAAAAACAGUGAUCUUGAAGUCACCCCACCACCAUCGCCAUUGCCAGAUGAUGAAAAUUCGACUUCAAAGAGACGUUCCGGUCGCAAUACUAACAGAAAGAAGUAUAUUGACGACCUUGAUUUGGCCGAGUUGAGGAGUAUUUCUGACGAAGAACAAGAAGCUGCGGCUACUGCAGCAGCGCUAGCAGCGGCCGCCGGCGCUGACAAUUCUCGUUCGCCAUCGGCAGCUGCUGCAGUUGACACUUCUGUAGUUGUGCCCGCUGAAGUGGAAGUGCCGGUCGAACCGGACCAGUCAGAGAGUGGCAUCAAGCCAAACUUUGUUUACGUCAACACAACCGAUGAGGACACUAUGGUUGUUCAGCACAUUCUCUCAGUACGAAAAGGAACAAGAGAAAUUGUCUCUUCUGAUGAUGAAGAUGAUGAAGAUGAUGACGAAAAGAACAAAUUAAUUGAAGAAGAGAAAGUCAAAGUAGAAGAAGAAAAAGAAAAAGAAGCGAGUGAGAAAGAGAAGGAGGAGACGGAAAAGACGACCGGAGAGAAUGAAAACGCUGGUGACAACGAGAAAGAAACCGAAAAAGUCAUUCCCGAGAAAAAUACGGAAAUGGUCGUUAAAACCGAAGAAAUCGACGAGGUUACAGAGCCUGAAAAGAUAGAGGUUCUAGAAAAUAAAGAUGUGGUUUCAUCAGAAAAUGAUGCAGUGGCUGAAGAUAAAGAAUUAGCCGAGAAAGAAAAUCAGCCUGUCAAAGAUGAACCACAAGAAAAAGAAGAAGUUGAACCAAAGGAAGUAUCUAAAGAAGAAACUAAAGACGAACUCGACACAUCUGUUGGUGUUAAGGUGGUGAAAGAGGAGACGAAGCCGAAGAAAAACAAGAAGCCAGCUCGCACCAUCGAAGUGGAGGAGUAUUAUGUCAAGUAUAAAAACUUUUCAUACCUCCAUUGCGAAUGGAGGACUGAGGAGGAAUUGGUUCGUGGAGACAAACGAAUCCCUCAAAAACUCAAGCGCUUCCAUCAAAAGAAGGCUCAGUCAGCCAAUAUGUUUGAAUUCUUGGAGGAAGACCUUUUCAAUCCAGACUAUAUAGAAGUUGACCGAGUACUCGACAAAGCUGAACACACAGACGCCGCCACUAAUAAGGUGACUCGUAACUUUUUGGUCAAAUGGAAAUCUCUACCGUACGAAGAUUCCACAUGGGAACUGGAAGAAGAUGUUGAUCCUGCUAAAAUUAAGCAUUACGAAAUAGUUAACAAGUAUCCAGGAAAAGAAAAGGAUUUGUUUGGUAAGGGCAGGAAGAAGCCACGAACCAGUGAAUGGAAAAAACUAGAUGAAUCUCCCGUCUAUUUAAACGGAAACACGUUACGCGAAUACCAGUUAGAAGGUCUCAACUGGUUGUCGUUUUCAUGGUUCAAUGGCCGCAACUGUAUCUUGGCUGAUGAAAUGGGUUUGGGCAAGACUAUUCAGUCAUUGGCUUUCGUUGAAUCAGUACAUCGACUUGGUAUCCGCGGUCCGUUCUUGGUCAUAGCCCCACUAUCCACCAUCCCUAACUGGCAACGCGAAUUUGAAACUUGGACCAAUUUAAACAUUAUUGUGUACCACGGCUCCAACCCUAGUCGUACAAUGCUGCAAGAGUACGAGUUUCAUUAUAAAGACAGUAAAGGAAAUCAACUCAAGGAUAUGUACAAAUUUAAUGUGUUGAUUACCACAUUCGAAAUGAUCAUCUCUGAUUGCAUGGAACUGCGAGAAGUCCCGUGGCGUCUGUGUGUUAUUGACGAAGCCCAUCGAUUGAAGAACAAGAACUGUAAGCUUUUGGAGGGAUUACGGCUUCUUCAAAUGGAGCAUCGUGUUCUUCUCUCUGGUACACCACUCCAAAACAACAUCAGCGAAUUAUAUUCCCUACUUAACUUUUUGGAGCCUGCUCAAUUCGCAAGCAGUGAAGAUUUUACACGUGACUUCGGUGACCUUAAAUCGGAUGACCAAGUGCAAAAGUUGCAAGCCUUACUAAAGCCCAUGAUGCUUCGACGACUCAAAGAAGAUGUCGAAAAAUCUCUUGCUCCGAAAGAGGAGACAAUCGUUGAAGUCGAGCUGACUAAUAUGCAAAAGAAGUAUUACCGAGGAAUCUUAGAACGCAAUUUUUCCUUCUUAACAAAAGGUACUACAAACGCCAACGUACCCAAUUUGAUGAAUACGAUGAUGGAACUUCGUAAAUGCUGCAUCCAUCCCUAUUUGUUGAAUGGAGCCGAAGAGCAGAUUCAGUACGAAAUGAAAGUAUCGCAUACUUCCGACCCGGAUCUUCAUCACAAAGCUCUGAUUCAGUCGUCAGGCAAAUUGGUACUUGUUGACAAGUUACUGCCGAAAUUGAAAGCGGAUGGGCACCGUGUGCUCAUUUUCUCACAAAUGGUUCGCUGUCUUGACAUCUUGGAGGACUAUUUGAUUUACAGAAAAUAUCCUUACGAAAGACUCGACGGCCGAAUUCGUGGUAACAUGCGACAAGCUGCUAUUGAUCGAUACUGCAAACCAGAUUCGGAUCGUUUCGUCUUCUUGCUUUGCACCAAAGCUGGUGGAUUGGGAAUUAACCUUACAGCAGCCGAUACAGUCAUUAUCUACGACAGCGAUUGGAAUCCUCAAAAUGAUCUUCAAGCUCAGGCUCGGUGCCAUCGUAUUGGCCAAAAGAAGAUGGUUAAAAUUUACAGGCUUCUAACGAGAAAUACUUACGAACGCGAAAUGUUUGACAAAGCCUCACUAAAGCUUGGUCUUGACAAGGCCGUUCUACAAAGUAUGAACACUACUCAGGGAGGAAAAGACUAUGGUGGAAGUGGAAAGCAACCGUUGUCUAAAAAAGAAAUUGAAGAUCUCUUGAAAAAAGGCGCUUACGGUGCACUUAUGGAGGAUGAUAAUGCAGGCGACAAAUUUUGCGAAGAAGAUAUUGAUCAAAUCCUGAUGCGUCGUACGCAAAUCAUCACGCUGGAAAGCGAAAAGGGAUCCCAAUUCUCCAAAGCAACCUUCGCGUCAAAUUCCGACCGAACCGAUAUUGAUAUUGAUGAUCCAGAUUUCUGGAAAAAAUGGGCUAAACGUGCCGAAAUCGAUACUGACACAAUCAUGUCAAAUGGCCAAGAAGAACUUUUGGUGUUGAGUGAACCUCGACGAAGGACUCAGAUCAAACGCUACGGACAGGACGAAGCUGUUUUAGAGGGAGUCAGUGAGUUGGAGACUACCAGCAAUAGCGAUGAGGAACCUGGAGUACCCUCCACGCGCUCUAAAGUAGCUGGCCGCAAGGACCGCAGUCGUCGAUCUCUGCGAAGAUCAAGACGUGGCAACUACGAUGAAGAUUUUGCGCCUGAAGAAGGAGAAGUCGAAUAUGGUGCUUGGACGAAAACCGAGUGCUUCAAAGUGGAAAAGGGUCUCAUGACUUUUGGUUGGGGUAGAUGGCGCGAAAUCAUGGCACAUGGACAGUUCCGUAAAGGCUGGCGUGAAUCUGAUGUCGAGGAUUGCGCUAGGAUGAUGAUGGUCUACUGUCUAUUGAACUUCCGCGGUGACGAAAAAAUGAAAAGCUUUAUUUGGGAACUGAUUGCCCCCUCGGAAAAUGGAGAGGCUCGCGUUGAUCGAAACCAUAGUGGAUUGGCUGCACCGAUCCAACGUGGUGGUCGCAAGAACAAGAAAGAAUCUAAAAGAGCCAGUAAAGGAUCAGCGGCCGCUGCCACCACUACCACUCCUAAUGCACCUUUAGUUGAGGGUGCCGAGUGGACGCGCGACGAAAAAUACGAUCCCGAACAAAAUCUAGACUCCGGAUACCGGCGUCAUGUAACCAGACACGCCAACAAAGUUCUUUUGCGGAUACGCAUGCUAUAUUAUAUCAAGCAAGAGAUCAUUCGUGAUCUGGAAUCUCAGGUAAAUGCUGGCGUCGCUUCUACCGCAUUGCCCAUUGCACCGCCUUUCUGCGACCAACCUCCUACUCCUUGGUGGGACUCCCAAGCUGAUAUAUCUCUGCUUGUUGGAACAUACAAACACGGUUACGAACGUUAUGCGGUUAUGCGACUUGAUCCGACACUUUGCUUUUUGGUACGUUGUGGACCACCUGACAAACAAGAGCUGUUGUCAGAAAUGGCCUCACUUGAAGCUAAUGGUGACGAGCUCGAUAAAGCGCCCGAUGAUGAUGAAGACAUUGACGAUGACAGCAGUAGUACAACCACAACGAAAACUCAAGGAGCUGCGGCAAACAAUGCUUCAAAGGCUGUUGCAGUUGCGCCCACUACUUCCGGUGCUCCUGGUGACAAAUUCCAGUUCCCACCAGCAUCCGAAUUAAACACUCGACUCCGUCGGUUAAUCACUUCCUAUCAGCGAAAUUUCAAAAAGGAGGAAAUGAAAAUGGCUCAAAAGGCAAAACGACUGGAAAGGCGAGAGAAGAUUGAAACCAUCGUACGCGAACGAGAGAAACAAAAGAUUGAAUUGCAACAAAGACGCUGGACGCGCCGUGAAGAGGGCGAUUUCUUCCGCACCAUUUCCAAUUUUGGAGUCGAGUACAACAAAAAGCUGGGUCGCUACGACUGGACUAAAUUCAGAGCCAUCUCGCGUCUGGAGCGCAAGUAUGACGAAACUCUAACCGAAUACUUAAGAGCGUUCUGCGCCAUGUGCAAAAAAGCGUGUGGCAGGAAACUGUCCGAAGAAGAGGAGGUUGCUCAAGCCACAGUCGAGCCGAUCAGUGAAGAACGUGCUAGACGUUGUUUGGAACGUUUGGAACUCCUCUGUAAGAUUCGUGAAGAAGUUUUACCUCACGCCGAUCUGGAAGAAAGGUUGAAACUAUGCCAGCCAUCCCUCGAUUUGCCUGAUUGGUGGGUCUGCGGAAAGCAUGAUCGAGACUUGUUGAUGGGUGCUUCUCGGCACGGACUCGGCAGGACAGAUUUCUACUAUGUUCACGAUCCUGAACUUGGUUACCGCGAAAUCCUACGUCGUCAUUACGCUGGUGAACCAUUGAUCUAUCCUCUCGAAAAGAAAGAACGCGAUCGAAUAGAAAAUCCGACCAAAAUUGACGAUAUUUUGGAACUGUCACCAGUUAAGAUCAAGGAUGAAGAAGAACCAGUGAGGUCCAAAAAGACCAAAACCGAAGAAGAUCAUCGACGCAAGAAGAUAAAAAAUGAGACAUCUCCGGAAAAGAUAAAACACGAAAAUGCUGAAGAAUUAGAUGAAAGCAUUAAGGCACUAGAUAAAGAAAAUGAAAAAGAGUCUGCUGCUGAAAAGGAAGAAAAAGUUGAAAAAGUUGACGAUGACUCAGAAGUAACUUCUCUCGAAACGGCUACCGAUCUUUCAAAAUCACAUGACAAAAAAACUAAUUGCGAUGAUGUGGCCAACACCCAAAAAGACAUCGAAGGCACUGAAGUGGAAAAUUCCCUCGCUGAUUGUGAAACCCCGAAAGUUUCUGUCAAAGAAACUAAAGUUGCUGAUGGAAAUUCCGAAAAGGACGACGAAAAUAAAUCCGACGACGAUACAAAGAAAGAUGACAAAGAAACUCCUGAAGAAAACUCUUCGACUAUAGCGGAAAUUAAUACAGAGACGAGUGAAACGAAGUCCAAGAAAAAGAACGAAGAGGAUUCCGCUGAAAAGAUGGAUGAAGACGUUGAAGAUGUAAAAAAAAUGGUUGAUGAGAAAUCUGAAAAGAUAACCGACAAGGCGACAGUUGCUGAUGACAAAUCCGAAGAAGCCAUGGAGGUUGAGGAAGACGAAAAACCCUUAGACGUAACAUCAAAACGAAUUACGGGAGAAGAAACAGAUUCAACAACUACCAGCAAAAAAGUCGAAAAUGAGAAUUCCACCAAAGAAUCUCCCGAUGUCGAAGGAAUUGCUCCUGAGGCAAUGGAUGUCAGCAAGCCGGAAGAGAAGGAAUGUGUGGAAAACGUUGAAAAAUCAAAUCAGGAGGAGCCAUCUGAUUCAAACAAGGAUGAUGACAAACAGGAGGAAAAGAAGUCCAAAGAUGUUGAAGAUCCAUCUGAAUCAGAAGAUGAAUCCAAAACUCUCGAAAAGAAGGCUGAAUCAACAGAAGGUGAACCAAAAUCAUCCCAAAAGGACGAAGAGGUGAAGAAUGAUACCAGUGAAAAUGAAAAAGAAGCUGUUGUCAUCAAACCAGAGUCUACGACAGUGGAAGAAAUUACUGAAGAUACUCCAGUGCAUGUUAAAGAGGAAGUGACCAAAUUGAAAACUGUAAAGAAAGAAGAAGUUGUGUUGUCCAGCCCAGAUGCCGAAAUUAUCGAAGUAAAAGUCGAGAAAAGAAGCGUCAGAGAAAGAGAAGCCAAAGGAAAGACAAAAGAAAAAGAGUUUGUUCCACCACCACUUGCCAGUUUGGCACAGAUGGACGAAGCCAUGGCGCGCCAAGGGCUACUUCUAGAUCCCGAACUCUUGGCCAAUGGAGAUCCUGCCGUUUUGCAAAUCUUGGCACAAACUUACCAAAAUCCUAUUAACUGGCCCAAAGAUCGCGCCAUUGAAGCUCGGUUGCAGCACAUCGUUCAUGCCGUCGAGAAAAGCGAAUGGCCCGUCGGUCGUGACUUCAGCGCGUUCGCCAAUGGCGUCGUAGAAAUGGAGAGUCUGACGCCAGAGCAGGCUAGUACGCCUCCUCCACCACCUGUGGUCGCCACAGUUGCUGUGCGUGACCCACCAACCCCAGCACCGUCGGUUUCGGCCAUGUCGCUAUCUGAUGCAUCGGACAUUAUGAUGAUGAACUCUGGUAUGGACAGAUCUGGUGAUUUCGGUCUUGGCAUGUUACCAUCUUCGCGACGUGGAGGACGCGGCAGAGGUCGUGGUCGUGGAAGAGGUCGUGGCCAACGAAAUGUCAAUAUGGACGUAGAACAGGAGCGAGCUAAACUUCGUGCUCUUCUCAGCCUAAAUCACUCGAUGCAGCGAAGUUUGACUCAACAGUUAACAGGAAAGCCUAUCCUGAUGGAUGAACGAGAAGAUGACCGAAGCACUCCAUCAGAAACUUCUGUCUCUCUUCGUUCCAAGCAACGCUCUUCGCUACCACCUCCAGCUCAUCAGCAUGGAUCGUCUUCUUCCUCGCGAUCGGCCCAAUCACAAGCCCAGGCUCAAGCACAAGCACAAGCUCAAGCCCAAGCACAAGCACAAGCACUUUCUGCCCAUACCCUUGAACUGAUGCUGGCACAGGCCGCUCAGGCACAGGCCCAAGUAAUGCAAGCCGCCCAGGCGCAAAACAACGCAGCAGCGGCUCAAGUAAUUGCCAAUUCGAUGGCUGCUUUGGGAUUGCCGCCUUCCAUCUCAGUGUCCGUGACUGUCAAAGGAUCUGAAAACUCAUCCGCUCCGAUGGAUCUUUCAGGAGGAUUAAGCAAAUCACGGGCUUCGGAAGUGAAUGGGGACAGAGAAGAACGAGAAGACCGAAAACGUAAAUCUGACGAAAUGAUGCCCCCACCGGGUGGUGAAAAGAACCAGAAGCGUCGCAAGUUGGAUGAUAUUGUUAAAGGUUUGUCGGCCGCUAAAGGACAAGGCGGAAUUGGAGCUCUGUUCGCUUCGCCACGCACACCAAAAGCAUCUACCUCGGCCGAUCCUCUUGGUUUGAGUUUUCCUCGUUCUUCCGGAAUAACAAUCAUGCCGUGCAGUAAGGACAAAGACAAGGAUGAAAAGAUGGGCAAAAUGCAAGCCGAAGCUUUGCUGGCUGGUCUUAGUCGUCUUCCUGGUGUUUCUGCCAGUCCAUCUACUCCCGGACGAGCCAGUGGUACCGAAGCUCCUAGGAUCUCAAUUGAACCACUAAGGAAUAAUUCGAAUAGUGCAGCAGCUGCCACGGUUAGUGACUUGGCUGCUACUGCCGGAAUCAACAAAUUGCCUGACUUUUUGUUGCAGAAACUUGACGCCUAUAGCCACACACCACCUCACGAGCUCAAGGUGUCCAAGUGGUUAGCCGACCAACAAGGUAUUACACCUGAAAGACCGGCCAGCCCUGACGCUGACCUAUUGGACUCGAAAAGACGUCGUAAGCCGCGUAUCGACCCAGCUCUGCUUGACUGGAACCGUUUAAGCGGAGACGAGAAUGUCAGCGUCAUCAACCGACUGACUGGAAAGAAAAUUACGGGUAAUAAAGCCCCUCACUUGCGCAAUUUGGCUCAAUGGUUGCUUGCCAAUCCCAUGUUUGACGUGGAUCCUAAAUGGUCCGACCUGGUAAAAGAAAAAGGCAACUUACCAGGUGAUCUUCAGCGCCGCGUUACCGGAUCUCCAUCCGUCCCCUUGGCCGCAAACGCUCCAGUGAUCAACCUUGCUUCCACCUCGACGUCCAAUUCUACCCCAAGCGCCAGUGAUCGGAAGCGCGGUACAAGCCGUGUAAGCAACACUAAUGCCACUGCAGCCGCAGGCUCCAGUGGAAGAGGGGGAACCGGAAACAGUGGAGGUGGUGGUGCGACAUCUUCAGCCAUGGCCAGCACGUCGUCGGGUGCUUCUGCUUCAACAUCGGGACUGAAUUUAGCCAACUUUGCCGGCCUCAAUCCCAAUUUCCUUUCAUCUCUUCAUCAUCUAGGAGCCGACCCGAAGAAUCCUUUGUUGGCUGCUUUUGAUCCAAAGAUGUUUGGUGCCUUAGACCCCAAGACGGCCGCCCUGUUUGGUGCAUCACUCGAUCCGAAGAAUAAUCCGCUGGCCGGUUUGGAUCCUAAAAACGCUUUAAGUAUGUUUGGUGGAUUUCCCGGUCUAGGAUCCUUGGGAGGACUUGGUAGCUUUGGAGCCUUGGGUAACAUGGGGGCCAUGGGCAACAUGGGCAGUAUGCAACAUCUCUUUUCCAACCUGGCUGGAUUCAUGCCCGACAUGCCAACUAGCAGCGCACCUAGUGCAUCAACCACGAAUACAACCACCAAAUCUUCAUCGGCAUCUCGUCGCGAAGAUAAAGGCAAGAAACCAGCUACAUCGUCGUCUAGUGCUAGCGCCAAUGCCAAUGCUAACGCCGCUGCAGCUGCUGCAGCCUCACUUCCUUUCCUUUUCCCCAAUCCGAGUAUGCUGUACGGCCAUCUGGGACUAGGGGGCCUCAACCCGUUUUCUUUGCCAGCAGGCAUCCCAUUAUCCACAGCUUUUUCCAAUUUGGGGGCCCAAGGUUUCAUGAAUGGACUGACGACAACUAUGGCUAACGAUCCGGGCUCGACUUCCACCAAAACAACUGCUUCCGCUUCGGGAGGAGGUGGCACUUCAUCUGAUACUCACCGUGGCUCAUCGUCUUCACGUCGCGAUCGUGCCGACCGUACUGAUCGUGCUGAAAGAGCCGAAAGAGCCGAGCGAGCUGAGCGCGAUCGCAGUGAUCGUAGUGAAGGUCCCUCCAAGGAAAGGAGCUCCAAAUCGGAACGGAGCUCUCAUGGACUAGACUUGACGCCGGCCAGGACUCGUGGUGGAGGCGAGCCGGUAGAACGAGAACGGAGGAGCCGUCACGCGGCUGAUGAUGACAGUAAAGGGCAUAAAAAGAGCCCUAAUAAGCUCAAACUGGAUGAAUAAAAAAUUAAUAAAAUUUAAAAAACAAAAACAACAAAAAAAUUUUCUAAGAAAGUAGAUACAAGAAUAUCUGAAGGAAAUGUGCUACACAUUGUGCUGCUGCUUAAUCUGAUUCUCUGUUUUUUGUGCGUGUGUGUGUGGACACCAGUUAAUCUCAUCCAUUCAGCUGAUUCUUGCGACCGUGAAAUGCGAAAAAUAAGGGAGAAAGAAAAAUUUAAGCCACACCACCCCAUUUUUCUGAUUAUUUCUUAGACGUAUUUAUAUCAUUUAAAAAAUACCUUGUCGUGAAUUGUUUCUGAAUUUCUUGUAUAUAAAUUUUUCUGGUAUCAUCUGGCCUAAUAAUGAAUAAAAAUCCUCCCCUAGAUUUAUUUUUCUCGUCUUAUCUUUCCCUCUGAACAUUACCUUUUUUCCGUUGUAGAAUCCCAUUUUUACGAAAUCGUCAAAAAUGAACACUGUCCAACACCUCUCAUCUAUCUAUCUCUUUCUCUGUAUCUCUGUCCUGUAUUCCCAUCUUAUUAAGUUGCUCGUGAUUUAUUCCCCAUGACUUGAUAUUUGACAAAUAAAUCGCUUUUCAUACUGGCGAUUUAUUUCCUGAUUUAUUCGCCGGCUGUCGGUUUAUUCAUUUACUUGAACUUGUGUCUUUACGUGUCUGUGUGUGCCGCGAGAACAAAAGGAUUAAGUAAACGUAAUUUAAAGCA